AUGGAUAAUGAAGUGGCCUAUCGAUUGGCGUUGCAAACACGUGAGCAGCACAUACGUCGUGAUAAGGCAACAUCGAAUAUCUGCACGGCUCAAGCUUUGUUAGCCAAUAUGGCCGCAAUGUACGCCAUCUACCAUGGACCGCAACGACUCACGACAAUCGCCAGAAAUAUUCACAAGACAACCGCUUACAUUCAAUUGCGUCAGUUCAUCUCACUUUCAAAUUUCGAUUUUUCUCCUCUUAAUUGGAUCAUAAUCGUGAUUGAAAGCUUAGAAUCCUUGUGGAGAUUUCCUUGUGAAAUCCAGGCAAGCUGUCUAUGA